AUGUAUUUUCAACAUACUUUUUGCGGUGCCUUCCUCACCUUGUUGGCAGCAGUGACAGCUGCACCACUCACAGGACCCGAGGCCAUAAUUCCAAAGGACCUCGUUACUUCAUUACUAAACUCCGAGUCGCUGGAGAAACUCAAUGUUAUAGAUCAAGAAACCACUCCAAAAGUUGCCAAUGAACGUUGUGGAAUCAUAUCGUUCGAAAACGGAGGCGAGCAAAACCUCUACGCGGACAGGUUAUGCUACAAAUUCGACUAUAAUAUCUCAAAUGUUAGCGUGAGCGCAAAUCACACCUGCUUAGCUUUCCGUGAUUCUUUGUGCACCUAUACUGAUAGUGGCCUUGUGUCUGUUAUUCGCGGUCCUUCAUUGCAGGACAAGCAAGGAUCCAGCAUCCGAUCUAUUCAGUGCUUCCACAAUGCCAUUAUGCCCAAUGGCACUGUUGCUUACUUGGCCAAUGAGACUCGAGCCGAUACCAUGAAUGUUCCUUUGAUCAUCCCUGAAGGUGUCGAUAUCGUCACUGGAGGCAAACCUAGCAAUUCUGAUGUUGACAUUAUAGAUACUGUAAGAACAACCGCGGAGGGAUGCGGGACGUUCGAGUUCUAUGAUGGAAUUGGAGAGACCGCAUUAGGGGACAAUGAGUGUCACACGUUUGACAGGGCAUUGCAUAAGUACUUUAUUCGCAAUAAUUGCGCUUGCGUGGCUUUCAAUAAGAGGGGUUGUAUCCCCGAUCCAAAGCAGGGCUGGAGAAGCUAUCUCAUUGGCAGCGCUGAAGGGGAGUUUACAGAUGAGGGUAUUCGAUGGGCUCGGUGUUGGACAGAGAAUCGUUGA